AUGUCUGCGACAGCCACAAGCACCCAGGUCGCGGAUGGCCGCGUAGUCAAGCGCAAGAAGCUCAACGCUAGCAAAGCCCAUCCUGAGGGCAAACUGCGCCCGACCAAAUCGAGGCUUUUCGCGCCGUUCCGAACUGUAGGUCUGAUCUCGCCUACUGAUGUCCCAUUCACGACCGUCCCUCUUGGCAAGACCACAUUUCAAAUCACCACUUCCGUCGGCCGAAGCCUGCAAACCUACGAUCUGCGCCGCGGUCUGAAUCUCGUCUUCAUCACGAGACCGCAAACUCCAGAGCUCAUUACCGCAACGGCAGCAUGGAAAGACAAGAUUCUGGCGGCAUGGGGGGGCAAAGACAAGCAGGCAAUCAGAGGUGUGUGGGUGUUUAAGCGUGGUAAGAAGGUGGCCGAGCUCGAAACACCGAAAGGCUGGGAUGAGAACAUCAAGCAGCUCCUGGUGUUUGGUGCAUGGAUCGUUGGCUGUGGCUCCACGAGGAUCGACGUCUGGAAGUCCGAGACGUUAGAGCAUUAUACCACUCUCAUCGCACCACGAGCUGGUAGUGCAGGCAGCUUACUCACCGGUGGUGUCUGUAACAUGCCCACCUACCUGAACAAGCUCCUUGCCGGCAGACAGGAUGGAAGCGUUGAGAUCUGGAAUAUCAACACUGGCAGGCUACUCUACACGAUCCUGCCGGCUGCUGCCGAGUACGGCCAUGUGACGGCCCUGCAGCCGUCUCCCGUUUUGUCGCUCGUCGCUAUAGCCUACAGCAGCGGCCCUGUUACCAUUCACGAUAUCCGCGCCGACAAAGAGAUCCUCACUGUGAACACUGGAUCCUCGAGGAAGGCGCCAGUCACUUCAAUUUCCUUCCGGACGGACGGACAGGGCGCGGGAGAGGAUGGUCGGAAGGACGGCGUUAUGGCCACUGCCUCGAAAGAUACCGGCGAUGUGGUUUUUUGGGACCUGAACGGAGGCGGCAGGAAAAUGGGUGUGCUGCGAGGCGCCCACGCUCCGCCAUCGACUGCGGAUGGUGGUGUGGCUGGUGGCAUCAGCAAGAUUGAGUUCUUAGCUGGCCAAGCUGUCGUCGUUACCAGCGGUCUUGACAAUUCCUUGAAGACUUGGAUUUUCGAUCAGACUCCUUUCUCGCCUGUUCCUCGAAUCCUCCAUUCCCGCAGCGGACACGCCGCGCCCGUGUCAACCUUACAAUUUCUCCCUUCGGAUGCGGAUGGUGCGGAUGCCGGUGGCAAAUGGCUCGUCAGCGCCAGCAAGGAUCGGACACUCUGGGGCUGGAGCUUGCGGCGUGAUGGCCAGAGUACGGAGCUGAGUCAAGGCAACAUUCGCAAGAAAGCUAAGAAGAUGGGUAUUCUGAGUGAGGGCCUGGCGGCUUUGGACAGUAGCCUGUCCAUCGAGGAUCUGAGGGCUCCGAAGAUCACCUGCAUGGCAUGUUCCCUAAACCGCGACGGCGGUAUGGGGGCAGUGCCAGACGUCAAUGCCAUUUGGAACAAUCCUAGUAAGGGCAAGGGAGGUUCAGAAGCAACUGAUCUCACCGGCUGGGAGAGUAUGGUUACCGCACACGAGGACAGCAAGACUGCAAGGACAUGGUUCUGGGGUAAAAAGAAGGCUGGUCGGUGGGCGUUUGAGACUGGCGAUGGGACACCGGUGACGAGUGUUGCAAUCUCUCCUUGUGGUACAUUCGCCCUCGUCGGAUCUCAAGGAGGUGGCCUGGAUAUGUUCAACUUGCAAUCAGGCAUCCAUCGUCAGCGGUUCCCUGCAAGGCUCACCCCACAACAGGCCAAGCGGUUGAAAUUGCAGCAACUCGAGGAAGAAGAGUCGAUGGAGGUGGAAGCCAAGCCGAAGAAAUUCGCAAGAGGUCAGGGCAAGCAUACCAAAGCAGUCACCGGUAUAGCUGUGGACAACCUAAAUCGGACCGUAAUCAGUUGUGGCGAGGAUGGCAAAGUGAAGUUCUGGGACUUCUCCAACGGGCAGUUGCUGCAUGAGAUUGAUUGGUACCCUAUGGUUACCAUCAACAGUCUUCGCUACCACAGCUCAAGCGAUCUCAUUGCCUUUACCUGCUCCGACUCCUCCAUUCGUGUCGUCGAUAUCGAGACAAAGAAACUGGUCAGAGAGCUCUUCGGCAGCCAGGGCCAGAUCACUGAUUUCACGUUCUCAAACGACGGGCGCUGGAUCAUCGCGGCUUCGGCUGACUGCAUUAUCCGCGUCUGGGAUUUGCCUACGGGACAUAUGAUCGAUGCGAUGAAGUUGCGUAGCAAAUGUACUUCGCUGGGUAUGUCUGCAACGGGCGAGUACCUUGCCGUUGCGCAGGAGGACAAUGUUGGCGUCAAUAUCUGGACAAACAAAACCCUGUUCACUCAUGUUCCCACCAGACACAUCUCGGAUGACGAGAUUGCUGAGGUCGACGCGCCGACGGCAUCAGGCGAAGGCGGCGAGAACAUCGUCUCUGCAGCUUAUGCGGAGGAUGAGGACGAGCACGAGGAGGAGGAGGAAGAUGCUGGCAUUCCGUCGGUGGAUCAGCUCAGUGAAUCCAUCACCACCCUCAGCUUGGUUCCUAAGUCGAGGUGGCAAAAUCUUCUCCACCUGGAUCUAAUUCGCGAACGCAACAAGCCCAAGGAGGCGCCGAAGGCUCCUGAAAAGGCACCUUUCUUCCUUCCGGGUCUCAACGGUGCGGCUAACCCCGCAGCCAACGGGGCCAUUGCCGGGAUAGACCAGCAAGAUACCGCCGCGAAGGCUGGCCCUGUGUCACGAAUUUCGAAGUCCGGGGCUCACCAAUCAGAAUUCAGCCGGCAUCUUACUAACGCUUCCGAGUCUGGCGCGUAUGAUGAUUUGGUCUCCUACUUGUCAACUCUACCACCAAGCGCAGCCGACCUGGCGAUUCGGUCUCUGGAAACUCCGCCGUCGCAUGAGUUUUUGACAUUCAUUCAAGCGCUCACGGCACGGCUGCGGCAAAAGCGCGACUACGAGUUGAUCCAGGCGUGGAUGGCAGUAUUCCUGAGGCUGCAUGGCGAGGAUAUCACGAGCGACGAAGAAGUUGUGGAGGCGCUGAAAGAAUGGCGCGAGGAGGCGGGCAGGGAGAGAGCGCGGCUUGGCAGCUUAGGCAGCUACUGCGUUGGUGUGGUGGGAUUCUUGAGAAGCGCACGGUGA